AAACUUUCUGAUCAGUGGCCUUAAUAUAUGAGAUAAUUUCAUACUUACCAGCAAUGUUCACACACGAUAGGCCCUUCGUUUAACAGAAGACCCUGUUAAACUUCGCUAAAGUUUAACAGGUAAAUAUGAACAUGUCUCUAUUGAUGGUCCUCAAGAUGCGUGCCACUUCAGAUCCUGCAACAAUCACGAAUUAUUAGCUAAAUAAGACGAAAUUGUCAGCGUCGAUUAACCGUUACAAAGAGUUAGGAACGAGAUUUUUUUUUGUUACAAUGGAGGAGAGGAAGAUUAAACGAAAAAAUACAAGACCGUCGAGUAACCAGGGUGCUGCUGUCGUCACUCGAAAAAAUGUCACCACCAGCAGCAGCAGCAGGACAUUCGGAUUGACCGGGAUGGGCACUUGCUCAAAUCAGAAGUCACGAUAUCGCAGAGGCGUGAAGGAUAAGCCAAAGCCCCAGGGUAAGUCAAAUAAGACUAACCAGUCUGCGCCUAUCCAGCACUCCUUCCUCACGGAUGUGUCGGAUGUGCAGGAGAUGGAGAAAGGUCUGCUUGGCCUUCUCAAUGACUUCCACUCUGGAAAACUUCAGGCUUUUGGUAAUGAGUGCUCCAUUGACCAAAUGGAGCAUGUGCGAGAGAUGCAGGAGAAGCUGGCUCGAUUGCACUUUGAUCUCUAUGGAGAAGUAGAUGAAAUGCCAGAGAACCAGCGCAAGCUUGCUUGUGACACCAACAUGGACAAACUUCUAUUGAAUCUGGAAGAGUUGAGUUCUUCAAUACAAAAGCUGAACCUUGCUGAUAGCCAAGAUGCCUCCAGAACAUCCACCAUGUGAAGUGCUGGAGUUCAGAUAGUGAUCUGCCCACUACAAAGCUGUGUGUGUGUGUGUGUGUGUGUGUGUGUGUGUGUGUGUGUGUGUGUGUGUGUGUGUGUGUGUAUACGUACGUACGUCACAGAGAAAGCUGUGAGUGAGAAUGUACAUCACAGAGAGAGAGAGAGCAUGUCACAUGGCAUUACUGUUAAACAUCAGUAGCACUGUGAAAUUGUAGACCUAUAGGAUUGGCCCACUUGCACAAUUUAGUCUUUAUUAGCAUAUCCAAGAAUAAACCCGAGCAGUUAUAACAAUGUCCUUCUUACUCAUCACUAGAUUUGAGGUAAUGAAGUAAUGUGCAUUUGUAUAUAUUGAAAUAUAAUGCUAGAUCUAAAUAGUAUAUUUAAUCUAUUAAAAGUUGCCUUUGAGGUGUGCAAUACAUAAACAUUGGAAAUGGUACCACAAAUUCACUUUAUUGUACUAGCAGUGGGGGGAGGGGGGUGGUGGUGUAGAAUUUCUGUCAUUUAUAAGCCUGAUUUAUUUAUUUUUUUUUUCCCUCUAAUUGACCAUUGUAUUUUAAGAUGUAAUAGCAAGGCACCAAGUUUAUAGGGAGCAGGGAUUUUUUUUUGUUUUUGUUUUACACAUUAUUUCCUGAACUUUGUACCCCACAAAUAUUUGCCUUAUUGUUACCUUUGACAGUAUGCAGAGGAAAGUAACUUUUACAUAAAUAUUAUUUUAUAUAGUCUGUGUAUAUUACAGAUGUACUUGUUUUAUUUUUUUGAGUAAAUUAUUUUCGAUUCAGAUAUAACUGGUUGAAUGUUUGUGGCUUGAUUUAAGAAUUUCAUCAAUAAAGAUUAACUGCUUGUGCCAGAACAUUGAAACUUUA